ACCGUGUAUCAGUUUCGAAAGAUAUUCUCGAAAUUUAUUGUAAUGUCUCUUACCUUCGUUCCAUUCGUUGAAUAAUAUUUUUAGUCUCAUUAUCUCUAGUUGGGGUUAUUAAUUUUCCAUUCAGGAGUUAUAGAAAUUAGUAUUCAGAUUUUGAUUAGUGUCCAGUCUAAAACGAAAUAACCGAUCUCGUAGAAAGAAUCUCUGGUCCGACAUGACAUUUUCCGGCCCCGUUUUGUUUCUGUUCCUCGAUCAAACGCGUCUUUCGCAGUCCCCGGGGCGAAGGCCGCGCGAAAAGCAAAUUUAACUCCCGUCCUUGACCCAGUGACGCGUUUAACGAUCUCCCGGCGAGCCAGAUUAAUGCGAAACACCCUCGUUUCAGCCAGGACUCGGCCGAAACGGACCGAAGAAGGCGCGACAGUGGGGGGGAAGCACGAACAGGCUGAAAAAGGAUAUCGAAACCUGUUCGAAUCGCGUGGUAUCGAGGAGACAUGACCGGCGAGGAACGAUAGGUCGAUGAUAAUCUCGAGUUAGAAAAGAAUCGAAGGGGCGGUGAACGGUCGAAGAAUGAAAAGUGACCAGUAACAGACUUUUCUUCCGGUUUCACUUCGGUUUUCGAUCGCGAGCGAUGACGUUGUGCCGUGUGGUUUUGUGACGUGCUUGUUUCUCAACGAGUGUCCUCCGGGAGAAGAGAUCCUGUUCCCCUGGAGUCUUCACAGAAGUGUUUGGUGUUCCUGAAGCAUCUGGCCGAUCAAUAGUGCGCGAAACGGGAUCGCCAGUGAUCGUGUAGUUUCGGAAGUUGUUCCUCGAACGCGUGGACGGUGGUGCGAGCACGAUCGACGGGAAAUCGAUCGCGGAAAAGUGUCCUCCAACAGAGAAAGUUGCUAGUCCUCGGCAUGAAGGAGAGCGUUCUAUGUUCCUGCGUGUAUUCCUGAUCGAAGUAGACCCUACGAGUGAUCCCGGACAUUCGAGGUUGUUUCUCGAGCGUAUCGAUAGCGCGAGCCGGCGAACGACCAAGGACCAAGCACAAGGAAAGUGUCCUCGACUGGAGGAGAGCGCAAGUACUCGGUAUGAAGGACACGCAUUGGCCGGUUCUCAUCUGCGUUCUCAUGGCGACGACGGUGCUUUCCUGCCGGCAGAGCGAGUUCCAGUGCAGCAACGGGCGCUGCGUCGCCCUGAACAAGGUGUGCAACGUCGUCGACGACUGCGGCGACGGCAGCGACGAGCCACGCCAGUGCUCGCCUUGCAACAAAACGUACUACGGCGACGUGGGCAAAACCUACAAUCUGGAGCUUCAUCGACCCAAGGAAGACAAGGUGCCUUACUUCUGCAAGCUCACCUUCAGCGCACCGGGUGGCGAUUUCGGAGACAUCGUUCAGUUGACGUUCGACAGCUUCACCCUGGGGAAAUUCGUGUCCUUCACGGAGAAGGGCUGCCCGGACGGUUCGCUGCAAAUUUCGGAGGCCGAACGGCCGGACGUCGGCGGCCUCUGGUGCGGGACGUCCAUGAGCCCCGCGAUUUAUUACAGCGAGACGACCAACGUCUCCAUAUCGCUGAAGCUCCUCAGACUCAGCAAGGGUCAGAGGGGAUUCAAUUUCGACUUCAGGAUGGCGUACAAAAUGAUCAGAAAGGAGGACGCCGUGGUGCGCUACGGGAAUUCUGUCGUCGGUGUAACGCAAGCGACGGCGACGCCGGCGUCCACCGAGGCAACAACGACGCUGUCGUCGUCGAGCGACUACGCGAACAGCUCGAUAGCGAUGCCCGCGCAAAUGGUGGAGCAGCCGGCGACUCCUCCUGGGAAGCCGAGCAGCGAACAGUACCUCGGUGACCUGAUAUCCGGGACCUACUGUUCCCGAAUAUUCAGCGACUGCGACCGGAGGAAGUGCAGACUCCAGUCGCCCAACUUCCCCGGAUUGUAUCCGCGCAAUCUCACCUGCUACUACGCGGUGAGGCAGCACGACGUACCGGCGGGAAAACACGCCUUAAUUUCGGUGAAACAGCCCCGGGGGCAAUUGGUGGCCAUAAGGGUACGGCCAGCCACCCAAGUGGAAUCCUCCCCUCGCGAGCUCCGGCUGUGGAAGGACUGCGACGUGGUUCAGGAUUACGUGACGGUGUACGACGGAUACACGACCAGGGAUCCGGUGAUACUGAAAUUCUGCGGGGGCGGAGAACCGGUGCCGGAGGCCACCAGCAGCGGAAUGGAGAUCCUCGUCGAGUUUACUACGUCUCCUUACGGCACGUUUCUGCACCCCACGCCUCCGCACUCUCUCCACGGCUUUCAAUUAGAAGUGCAAGUGAGGUUCGUCGACGUGGACUCGCCGACGUACACGAAAAACAAGCACUGCGAGUUCUGGCUGCAGGGCAGUGGGGGUGGAGUGCUCUCUUCGCCCAGUCACACGCUGCCCCGAAACAGCACCUGCCUGUACCAUCUUCGUGGCGCGGGCCCCACGAUGCCCAGUCCGACGCCACCGCGACCUCUACCGAAAUUCCCUGAACAGAGGCCGGGGACCGUGUGGAGGAGGCCAGCGGCGAAACCUGCGCAGCCGCAGUUUCGCGUUUGGCUCUCCAUCCUCAAGUUCCACGUAGGCACCAGCUUGUCCAGCACCAACGAGGACUGCUCAACGACCCUGAUGGUGUGGGACGGCGAAAUGAUGCCGCUGGCCGAAUGCAACGACCAGGCCUGCGAGAAGGAGCACCAACAACACGGGAAGAGGGUGAUCGAGACCUCGCGGCCAUUGAUCGCUCGACCUUCUGGAAACACCACCCUCCUGGCACGCUAUUGUAAGGACAAGGUUCCGAGGACCUGCGACCACGCGAUCCUGCAGAACACCAGCCGUCCCUGUUCCCUGGUGGAGAGCUUCGUUUCCAGCGGGAACAGUCUGACCAUCGAGAUGCGAAUGAUCGAGUCCACGGCUCUCAGGCCGGUGAAUUUCCGCGCCCUGUACGAGUUCGUCGAUCUCCAUCAGGACGGGGAUCCAUACGGAAGCGGACCCUGUUCGAGGAUCUUCUAUAGCCGCAACAGGGAUCAUUAUCCCGAUCGUAGGUUCCAGGCGCCGCGCGAAAUUUUCCUUUACGGCCGCGGCGGAGCGAAAAAUAUAAGCUGCAUGUACCGAUUCGAAGGCGAGCACGAUGAGAUCGUCAAGCUGAGGUUCAACAAGCUGCUCAACGGGAACCGAAGCUGCCGCAGCGUUUCCAGCCAGGACUUCCAUCGACUGAUCUGCGUGGGCUCUGACAACUUCUCUGUGAAGGUGUUGGACCAACCGUGGCCGAACGCUCCUCCGGUUCAACGCGACUGUUUCUGUUCGAACCGUUCCCUGCCAAUGAACGUUAAAUCGACGUCGAACAUCGUCGAGGUCCACUUCACGGUGCAGACCAUGGACGCCCUCGACGACUACAAUAACCUGUUCUUCGAGGGCAGCUGGGACUUCGUCAAGAGCACUCCCUGUCUGCAGAAACGCAGAGUGAGAGGACCGUCGGGGGAAAUCAAGUAUAAGUCGUUCAACAUGGACGAGGACGAGAAAAACUGUGAGAAACACCCGUGGCUGAUCGACCCGGGUCCUAACCAGUACCUCUACGUGAAGACGCACGGCACGAUAAUGUCGAACACGAGCAAAUGCACGACAAAGAAUCGGAUCGUGGUGCACACCGGAGGCGCAAUCCACGUUUCUGUGUGCCCGAAACCGCCGUCGGAGUCGAGGCACCACGUGGUGGAGGUGUUCAGCGACGGCUGGGCCGUCAGCAGCAACGCCAUGAUCCUGGCGCCGGGUCAGGACCCCCUCAGGACCAUCGCUGUGGAGUUCAUUGUCAAGGAACCGGACGACUACUACACGGUCACGUGGCUCGAGCUCACUAGAAGGCCCUCGGUGACGUCGACGGCCGGUCUGCAAAUGUCUCGGGACUGCGAGCAGCGUUGUCCGGAGCUCGACGCCUGCAUAAACGCGUCUCUGUGGUGCGACGGCAUCUCCCACUGCCCGUCGGGCUACGACGAGGCUCUGACGCACUGCUCCGUGCUCCUCCAGCUGCCCCCGCUUCAUCUCGGUCUCGGAAUCCUCGCCAUAGUCACGAUCCUAGGUGUGAUAGUGUUCGUGAUCUGGCGGAUCUGCAGGCAGCGGGCAAACCGUUCGAUAUCCCAGCACAGGCUGAAGAGCAUCUCCUCGGUGACGGCGAUCAUCGACGGGAAGGAAGUGAUCUGUUGACACAGCGACAGUUCUGUGCGAUACGUCGAGGUAGACCGCGUGACCACCGUGUGACGAUCACCGUGGUCGGUCAUACUAACUGGUCGUCGUGGAUUCAGGCUCCGGUUGGCGUCCUCCUGAACGGGACGCCCCCGCGGCGACCACCGCCUCCAUGUAACGCGCAGAACUGCCAUUCUGCAAGAAUACGCCGCUCGAGCGGCGAACUCCGCUCUAAUUGAUCGUUCGCUGCUCGAUCACUCGGACAAGAUUAUCCCGGUUUCUUCUACCGCGAGGGGAUCGACGAUUUUCGGUGACUUCUCGGACCUCUUGCUCCGUCGGGACUCCCCCUGUCGGGAGGACCGAG